AUGAAGCUGAACGAGCGCAGCCUGGCCUUCUACGCGACCUGCGACGCCCCGGUGGACAACGCGGGCUUCCUGUACAAGAAGGGCGGCCGGCACGCCGUCUACCACCGGCGCUGGUUCGUGCUGCGCGGGAACAUGCUCUUCUACUUCGAGGACGCGGCCAGCCGCGAGCCCGUGGGCGUCAUCAUCCUGGAGGGCUGCACGGUGGAGCUGGUGGAGGCCACGGAGGAGUUCACCUUCGCCGUGCGCUUCGCUGAGGCCCGGGCCCGCACCUACGUGCUGGCCGCCGAGAGCCAGGCCGCCAUGGAGGGCUGGGUGAAGGCCCUGUCGCGGGCCAGCUUCGACUACCUGCGGCUGGUGGUGCGGGAGCUGGAGCAGCAGCUGGCUGCCAUGCGGGCGGGGGGCUGCCCGCCGCCGCCGCGCCGGCCCCGCGCCCUCCCGCCCAAGGAGAACGGCUGUGCGGUCUGGAGCGCCGAGCCCCCCGCUGCCUCACCGGGCACCUCCACGGGCACCUCUGCUGGUGCCCGGUCUGGCCCUGAGCGCCCCCCGCUGCCACCCCGCCGGCGGGCCUCGGCGCCCAAUGGGCCUCUGGACUCGGCCUCCUUCCACCAGCUGCAUGAGUGGUACGGGCAGGAGGUCCGGGCCCUGAGGAGCCAGUGGCUCAGGAGCCGGGACCCGAUGGACAGACUUCUGGAGUUCUAA